UGCACACAACUCAAAUAAGUUUUGGUGGUGACAUCAAAAGAAUUAGGCAACAUCUGAAGUCCUGUUGUCGGAGAUUCACCAUGGCUGUGUGAAUGGGAGGGUCUGCCUGCCUCCUUCCCAACUUUACACGCAGAAGUUGAAGCGGCGAGGAGGCAGUCGCUCCGAGCGUGGACCGUCGACAGACCGACGUCAUGCUGCUGAAGCCCAACAGGAGUCCUCUCCUGCUCACCGUCACCUGCAUGUGCUUCUCCGGAGCUUUGCUUUGGUCUUACCAGGAAGAGGAUGCCAGUGAGGGGGAGAAAUGCUCUGAGAAUAACAUUUCAACUAUGAAGUACCCCUGCGUGAAGUCGGACGGAGAAGUUACGACGUGUUACAGGAGGAAGUGCUGCAAGGGCUUCAAGUUUGUGAUGGGCCAGUGCAUUCCUGAAGACUAUGAUGUGUGUGCUGGUGCGCCCUGUGAGCAGCAGUGUACUGACCAUUUCGGUCGCGUUGUGUGCACUUGUUACACGGGUUAUCGCUAUGAUCGUGAACGCCACAGAAACCGAGAGAAGCCCUACUGCCUGGACAUUGAUGAAUGUGCUGACAAAAACAUGAGCGCCUGCUCUCAGAUCUGCAUCAACACCGCAGGGAGCUUUAGGUGUGAGUGUGAGAAAGGCUAUUUCUUGGAAGAUGAUGGGAAGACUUGCACCAAAGGGGAGAGAGCAGUACAUCUCUUUGAGAAGUGUGAUAACUUAAUGAAUACUGGAACCUGCUCAGCCACAUGUGAAGAUUUCCUCCAGAUGAAGAUGUCCGUGCUGCAGCUUAAGCAGAAGAUGGCCUUGCUGUCAAAUAGUGCCGAUGUCCCUGUGCAGAUGACAAGUGAGAACAUCCUGACAUCCCCUGUAUUUUUACCAGGACCUCCAGGUUCCCCAGGGCCUCCAGGAGAUACAGGACCAGUGGGGCCUACGGGAUCGGUGGGGCCUCCUGGUCCACCUGGUCCCAGGGGCUUGAUGGGACCAAUUGGACCAACACCAGAUCUGUACCACAUCAAACGUGGCCCUCGAGGACCUGUGGGUUCCCCAGGAGCACCAGGGAGAGAUGGCCUAAAGGGGGAGAGAGGAGCUCCCGGGCCUGCUGGACCACCAGGGCCUCCGGGAUCCUUUGAUUUCCUGCUUCUGCUGAUGGCAGAUAUCCGCAACGACAUCGCUGACUUGCAGAGCAAGGUGUACGGUCGGUCAGUGCUCUCUCUGGAGGAGGACAUUCCUUUGGCGCCAGACAGCUGGAGGGACACAGCGGACAGUUUGGACACAGGAUCAGGGGAGGACUAUAAGGAACCUCCAUCUCAAGCAGGCCGAUGGUCCAAAAGGAACAAGAAGAGAAAAUCAGGACGAGAGAGAGCAAAGCGAUCUGCCUGAUAAUGAAGGGUGGUUUUGAAUACUUUCAGGUGUAAAUAUUGAAGUGGUUUGCUUUUAUAUUUAAUGGAUUUUUAAGAACAUAUUUUAUGCUGUUUUAUUACAGAUGUUUAUUUUUUUAUAACACAUAAAAUAUUGUGUCUUUUAACAAAUGUCAGUAAACUUUGUAUUUGUGUAUUUUUAAUUGUAAAUUAUGAGAUAUAGAGCAACACAAUAUGCAUUGACACAUAAUUUUACAUGAUGCAGUAAAGCACUAGAACUUAUUAAAGUGGCUCUAAUGCCCUCCUCCACAAAAGACCAGACUGUAGUUUUAAUUACCAAGGCACAAAUAAUUGGAAAGUGGCAGCACUGCUCUGUUACUUAUCCUUUGACUGACAAUCGGCAAUAUUUAUGUGCACAUUAAGGUUAUUUGCAGUCUGAACAAUUGUGUUAAAAUGUAGUGUGUUUUUCAGUUUUGUGUAGCUCUUGUUUCUUUUUUCAUUUUCUUUUUUUGUUCAAGUAUUAGAAAAACGCCCACGUCUGCCAAAAACAUGCUCAGUUUAGAAAAGUCUUUACUGUAUGCUUGAAAAAACUUGAAUAUGAAUUAGGGAAUGUACCACCUUUGCUUUUUAGUAUAAAAACAAUAAAUGCCAUGUUAAAAUAGUUAGCUUUGCUUGUAGUGGGACAAGCAAGCUAGCACCUGGUAUUUUAAUGUGUGGAUAAAAGUGGAUUACUCAAAUAAAAAGAUGUUAAUUGGUGCAGACAUAUAA